CCCAAAUUCCAACAGUAAUGUCUAGUAAUGAACGUGACCACCCACGCACGAGGUUGAACAACGAAUUACAGUUGAUUUAUGGUUCCGAUGCGGCUAAGCAUGUCAGAUGGGAAGACUUUGCACGAGGCCCUCCCAACAAUCUAACAUGGUAUUCGACCGUUUACAUCGAUGAUAUGAAAUACGGUGACGGUACAGCCCGCACCAAAGAUGAUGCUAAAGACAAGGCCGCAGAUAAGGCUUGUAAUGACUUGAGACGUGAAAGGCUUGGCCAAUGAGCUGCAGCAAUCAAGCGUGUGGCGAAUGCAGUACAGAUAUGCCUUCAUACGUUUUUAUAACCAUCAUACAGUCGUAAUGCAGCGUUGUCUGUACUAGUAGAGUAGUGCGCCUG